AUGGUGCAGGAUGCUGAAUUCGCUUCUGAAAUCGGUCUACUGAAGAAGCCGAGGUGUAAGCCGCUGCCGAAGAAUAGCUCGCUGUACAAGCUUAGUCCGUACCUGGACGGUUAUGGAGUACUACGUAUGAGGGGCCGUAUAGACGCCUGCGAAGUUGUGGACGAGAGUACAAAGCACCCAAUACUGCUGCCCAAGCGUCACGCGGUAACGGACAUGAUAAUAGCCAGUGUUCAUCAGCGGUACUGCCACAUAAACCACCAGACUGCUCUCAACGACAUCCGGCGCAGAUUUUACGUGCCUCAACUCCGCUCUACGUACAAUCGUGUACGAAACCGAUGUCAGCUCUGCAAGAACCGCCAGGCGAAGCCAGCUGUACCGGAAAUGUCUGCUCUCCCACCUGCACGACUGAAAGCUUUCUGCCGCCCAUUCUCCUACAUCGGAAUCGACUACUUUGGCCCGAUGAACGUGGUCGUUGGCCGGAGGGCCGAGAAACGUUGGGGAGUCUUGAUAACCUGCCUCACAAAGAGGCGCCCUCUGGAGAUAGUCAGCGAUCGAGGCACUAACUUCAUCGGAGCCAGCCGGGAGCUGAAGGAAGCGCUGCAGCAAGUUAAUCAGGACAAGUUGAUGAAGCACUUCAUCACCACCGAUACCAAGUGGUCGUUCAACCCACCUGCUUCUCCACACUUCGGCGGAGCCUGGGAACGACUUGUCCAGACCGUGAAGAAGGCUCUCAAGCACACCCAACUCACACGCACACCCACAGACGAGAUACUCCGGAACAUGUUGACUGAAAUAGAGCUGAUCGUCAACUCACGCCCGUUAACCGAACUGCCCUUGGACGACGAGCAUACUCAGUCACUCACACCGAACCACUUUCUGCUCGGGUCAUCAGACGGUUCAAAGCCCCCGAUCGCGUUUGAUGACAGUAGCUACGCCCUCAAGCACACCUGGAAAACGUCUCAGGUUUAUGCCAACCGAUUCUGGCGACGCUGGGUAUCAGAGUACCUACCAACACUCACCCGAAGGACGAAAUGGUUUACCAGUGUCAAGCCCGUAGCAGAAGGGAACAUCGUCAUCAUCGUAGACGAGACAAUGCCGAGGAACUGCUGGCCGAAAGGCCGUGUGGUUCGUGCCAUCCGAUCGAAGGAUGGACAGGUUCGUCGAGCUCUGGUGAAGACAGCAACCGGACUCCUUGAGAGACCAGCCGCGAAGUUAGCAGUGUUGGACGUUGGAGCAAUCGUGAGUACAUCGGACCAGUAACUCCGAGUACUGGGGGGGAGUGUCGCAACAUUCGUUGCGCCGCACCACAUCCAAUCACCAUUAGAACCACACCUUACAUCACACUACAUUUAUUUACGCCGAAGCGCUGCUGCGCUCCUACAAUAACGCGCCGCUGCGCGUCAACAUCACUGUCAGAAUGACAGUAGGUAAGGAAGGUGGGGAAACGUCAACGAUUGAGGGAGAAGAAAUCGUGAUAUAGCAAAAGUGGUUGGCGAAUAUAAACAUAAAAUCUGAUUGAUUGUUCCAAUUUCUAACUAAAAUUAAAUUAGCUGCUAUUUGAAUCGUUAGUAGUGUUAGUAGAUUAGUAAAUCAUAGUAAAACAAAAACGUGAAUUAAAGUGGUUUAGCUAAAUAUUAGUACGUUUCUAUGCGAAGCUGUUAUCGGAAAUCAUAAAAGGGGCAUGCAAAACAGUUAAACAUAAGACAAACACGUUAAAAACAGGUAAAAUUAAUAUGCAUAUGCAUUAUUGUGAAUGGCAACAUAACCAAUAAUUGAACUUUCUAGCGUUUCCACCGCCACCGAUCAAUGAGAUUAAACGAAGAACACACUGAAACGAGACACUAAACGUAAGUCGACCUAAAUUUGCUACAAAUGUUACUGUUUAUAAGACAAUACUUUACUUCACAC